UGUCCGCCUAAUCCAAGCGGCUGUUUAUUACACCUUCAUUACCGCACAGACUCGGACAGUGUCAGGCUCUAGUAACAGCCUGCAAGUGCCGCAUCGCCACAGAAGAAAAAUAGUUAAGAAAAAAGGGGGAAAGAAGCAUUAACAGCAAGGGGACAUAGCUCAGUGACAGACACAAACCAGUGCUCCUCCUAGGAUACAUAGGCAGGGAAACGCCACAAUAACCAACCAAAAGCUGCCAGAGGGUAGAGAAGAGCGUAGAAGGCAAUCCACAUCCAUCUGCCAGCCACUUAGUACGCGCUAACAUUUCCAGUCCGGAUUUCAGCGCAGCUGUCUAGCUAAUACAACCAGGAAAAUGUCUGCCCCAGCUGGAGCCCCUGCACCUGAAGGAGGGAAUCAGCCUCCCAACCUUACCAGCAACCGCCGUCUGCAGCAGACACAGGCACAGGUGGAUGAGGUGGUGGAUAUUAUGCGUGUAAACGUGGAUAAGGUUCUGGAGCGUGAUCAGAAGCUGUCAGAACUGGAUGAUAGGGCUGAUGCCCUGCAGGCUGGAGCCUCUCAGUUUGAGACCAGCGCUGCAAAACUGAAGAAUAAAUACUGGUGGAAGAAUGCCAAGAUGAUGAUUAUCCUGGGUGUGAUAUGCGUGAUUGUCCUCAUUGUCAUUAUUGUGUACUUCAGCACCUAAGAAGAGUUACUCCUACCCCAGUCUGAUCCCAGCUUCCUUGCUACAGAAAAAAAACAAAAAAAACCAAACAAAAAACAACCUCUAAUUGAUGACAAAAUUAACCACAGAUAAUUUAUUAUAUGUACGUAUAUCUCCCCAUUUAGCCUUGAUAUAACACCCCUAAACCCUUCAGGGCCCCAUGGCUCCCCCACUUCCACCACCUCGCCUCUGGACCCCUGUCAAUACUUGUCCUGUGAGUGUGUGGCCCUGUCUCCUUUCUGGGUACUCUUGGCUUUUCUAACCUGCCAUACUGAGAACCAAACACUUGUGACAAUGCAACAACAGAAAAGGAAACAACAAUUGGCGAUAAUUGUUACAUAACUGAUAUAUAUAUAGUUCUUUGUAGAGUUUUAUUCUGAUAUAUACUGUUUUGUAGGUGUGUGUGCGUGUGUGUGUGCAUUUUGUACUUUUUAUUUUUUUUUAUUAAUUUUACGUAUGCUUCAGCGUUAACUACUGCCUAUUAAUCGAAGUGUGUAACUUGCAUGUUCUCAUCACCUGUUGGUCCCCUGCUUGUUCUACAUCUUUUUGGUGUGCUUUUGCACAGUGGAGCUAGUCUCCAUGUAACUACUGGCAUACCAUUUGAUUUCCAUCUCUCUGCUUUACUCUUAUCCACCAAGACAGUUGAAAAUAAGCCCAGGAGAAAUACAACUUGAACUGAAAUACAUGCUUUCAAGUUAUAGAAAUCUGAGGUUUUCCACAAAUGGAACAAGCCUUAUAAAUUCCCCAGGCUUUUUCUGGUUCAGCUCUAGUUUGUUAUAACUUUACACUUUUAAAAGACAUUAAGUUUUAGCUUCUUGUAUGGUAUUGUAUUUUUGGGAGAGUUGAUGUUCACUGACACUGAUCAAACAUACAAAUAAUGCAUGACUUGUGAAGCUAAUCUCUGGUGAUCAUCACAGCCCUGUCCAUCUUUUCCUUUCAUUAACUGAGUGUGAUUCUCUUUUCUCUACCAUCUCAAGUGUCUUUAAUGCCCAAUUCGUCCUCUGUCUGUAGGCAUGCUUGGACACCUCAGUUUCCUCUGAUAAUUUAAACUGCCAUAGUAAAGUUGGACCAAUGUCUGUAGAUGUUUAUUUUUUAUUUGAAUAUUACGUAGUGUCUUAUUUCGAAAACAUUCCUUCAUUGCAGUCUAGUACAAAUGCUCUUACUGUAGCACAUGUAAAUGUAAGUACCUUAAAAAAAACAUGCAAUGAAACUUGUGUUAGUAACGUUGGUCAUGCAAAUCAUAGGAAAAAAUAGUUGUAAUAAAUAGCUGUAAGAGAACAUUUUUGGAUAAAUGGGAUCAGACUUUCAAUCCAAAUUCUUUCUUUUUUUUUUUUUUUUUGUAAAAUUAGUGAUGUUACCUUAAUAUUACACUUACAAACAGUAUACUGUGGAAAUACAUGUAUGUCAAAGCAGUCAUAUGGGCUUGGAAAUCAGUUCUAAUGCCAGGGGACUGAAUGGUUCUAUUGCAAAAGGUGAGGCUAUACUGGUCCAUUCCCUAUGUGGACACUGAAAAGCCUUAGUCCUCAGUUACUUUUGUUAGUUUUUGUAGUUUUCAGUCAAACUGACCCUCACACUUUAAGUUAGUGUCUGGGGAGUGGCUGACUGUGGAAAAAGGAUGUGUUAAAAAUGCACAAUCAACCUUGUUUUUGAUGGCGCUGUCUGGCUGCUUCACAGCCUGGCCAAAAGAAACGCUGGUGCAGCAAAAACUCUCAACAUGAAGAGCACAUUAAAAAAAAUAAUAACUAAAUGAGGACAUUUCAGCCUUACAGAUCCAGGAAUAAAGGACAAAGGUCUACACUUAAUUUACUUUGGGGCUGGUUGAGAAAUUUAUGGUCCAUUUAGGGACAAAAAACAUAAUAAAAAAUAAACUGUAGCAUUCCUAAGAAGACUAUUUUACUAGCGCAGUGAUUCUGUCUCAGUGUUUCUCCCUCUAGUUAAGGCCUUUUUUUCUUUUUUAAAUAUAAUAGAUUAUAUUUUUUAUUAUAGUAUAUUUUUGUGUGGAGCAGACAGGUAAAGAGGAGUUGUGCAAUCAGUGCCACUUGCUGCCAACAACAGUGAGCUCCUCUUUACCUCUGUCUGGUGUGUUUUUUGUAUUUCAGCUCUGUGCGUUAUACACUGCCAAGCAUUAAGGGAGAAGCUUCUUUUCUUAUUGCAGUUAUUUCAUUCAUUGGUGCCCACACUGGUGUGGUCUUCCCAUUUCUCUGAACAUUUUUUGGCAUGUUAACCUUUUGGCUAUGAAUGGAAGAGCAGGGCAAUACAAAGCACUUGGUUUUUCAAUUGUAAAAUGUACCAUCAAACUAAGGCCUUGAACACAUUAGCUUUUGAAGGCAUUUUUCUGAAAUUCUUUAAGGCCGCCAAAGGCAUUUAAAGGAAUUAAAACCACUUUACUUGCAACCACUAAGUUAUUUCUUGUGGUUGUGGUAAAUCAAAGCUCCUAAAUAGUUGUAGUUCAGCUAUUCAAUUAAAUCAGUUUAACUGAGAAAUUACAAGCUUUCUUUUGUAUUGAAUUAUAACCAGGUUGCUGUUUGGCAAAUAAUUUAUUGCCGUUGAUAAAAAAAAAAAAAAAAUCUAAAAUGCAUGAACUGAACUUUAAAUCUUAAAGCAGGAGCUAGAAUAUUUCAAAAUGUAUGGAAAGCCUUUGUAGCCUUGUCUCUUUAUCUUUCCCACCAGCAGAGUAGACAAACCUGUCCCCUUUUGCUCAACUCAACUCUCUAAUUCAAAUUCCUACUGUGUGUGAGCAAGUACUUCAGUGUGUGUGUGUGUGUGUGUGUGUGUGUGUUAGAAUAGCUCUGUCUUGGGAAUAUCCCCAGUUUAUCCUGACAGAUUAGGCCGCUUAAAUCUCAGAGUGAGGGCACGUUGUUUCCUUGACCAUUGAAGUACACAAGCAGAGAGGUUGCAGAUCUGUCAGCCAGCCCUAUUAGAAAAGAGCCCAAUCCUAACAAAAACAUGCAUCCUUGCUCCCCAGAUGUCUUUUUCUCCAACACAGAGCAAAAAUAAACAGCAGACAAUUACCAAAGACCAGAUUUCGUGCUUACGCUGCCAAUUGCCAUCAAAAACAAGUGAAGAGAAACCUGCUAUUUAAACUGUAUGAGCCUGUUUCAAAUAGCUUAUACCCUUCCCCUAUCUUUAGGAUCCUUAAGCUAUCACACAAUAUAUUAUAAUUUAUAUAUGGUGUGUCAGUUUGGCUUGUGAGUGUGCCAUCCUAACAUAUGCAAGUUAAACCAAAACAUGAGGGCCACAUGUUUCAGAUCUCAAACACAGUCUCCCCUUAUCAUGUGUAUCCAGGUCUGAGGAGCUUCUUUAAUCUGUACCAAGUUUGUAGACACAUGAUCCUGUAACUAUUUAUAGCACAAGUCUUCUUGUUUUCUUUUUGGUGUCUCCAUUGUGUUGAAAAGCUGUGUGAAUUAACUAUAGCUAUCAGACAAAACCAAGAAAAAUGUUAUAGAAUUCUGCAUUGUUUGGUGUUGUAAUAGGGGGUGUUUUGGGGGGUAAGGGGUCCUAUAUCCUCAGGUUUAAGGCAUUUGCAAUUUACCAUUAUAUAUAUAUAUAUAUAUAUAUAUA